CUCUCUCCAACUUCACUUUUCGCCUUCUGGAGAGCACUUUUCUCGCCUGUCCUUGGCUGCAGUUCCCUCGCUCUGCUGCUCUCUCUCUCUCGCUCUCUCUCUCACACACCCUCCAUCGAGCGUCUCUAUCGCUAUUUUGGGCCGCCUAGCCAUCAAAGACGCCCACAAUGCUCCAUUCUCUCGGUCGUCGCGCGAUCUGCGUCCUGCUCAUCCUUGCCUGCUCCAUCCAAGUCCAAUCUGAGCCCAUCCAUCGACGUCCAUUCCACCAGGAACGAGACAGCUAUGACGACCGCACUGUGGCAGCUGCCUUCCACGCUCUCUCCUUCAAAUUCUGGAAUUCUGUCUCAGAGCGGUCCGUCGACAUCAAACACGAUCUCGGUGUUCCUCCUCAGAACGACCCUCGAUAUCAAUUGAUCAAGCGACAGGGAGGCAGCGGAGCUGUCACCAAUUCCACCCCAUCUGUGACUCCGACUACUCCGCCGCCAUCCUCUUCCCCGGAGACAACCUCCGAUGCAUCCACACCUCCUCCCAGUUCGGAAACUCCGUCCACCGAGAUUCCCGACACUUCAUCCCCCCCGGAGACCUCCCCGUCCCCAACCACCCCGACCCGGACGACCGCUUCGCCCACUUCGGAAACUGAGUCCACCAAGUCCAGUGAGACCCCGGAUCAGACCACCACUAAGCCACCAGAAGAGACCACUUCUGCUCCUCCCAUCAGCUCCACCGUCAUCGGCACCACCACCAAUGAAGACGGUGGCCUUGUCACCUACACCUCGGUUGUCCUGGUCCAGCCAACUCGAAGCAAUUCGAACGGAAACUCCCCAGAACCAAGCCAGUCCAACCCUUCUCUGCAGAACGGUGCCUCUGCUCCCGCUACGAUGAAGAAAGAGAUGCUCGCACUGCUUGGAGCCAUCGGUGUUGCCUUUGCCCUCUAAUUAUGAGAUUGAGCUAAAACUACACCCUUUCCCUUUUCCCUCUCUCACUCGCUAUCAAGCGUGAUACUAGUCGAUUUAUGUAUGUGAGCGGGGUUAGUGCAUUUCAAUGGCGUUAUGUUUCCUUUUUUUUUUUUUUCCCCCUCUAUUUCGGGUUCAAACAGCCCAAGCAGCAAUAAUUAUGGACAUUUUCUCCCUUGAAAAUGACUGUUGGGUGGCAGACUGUCUUUUAUGCUCUAUUUCCAUGUACAUCUUUUCUUUUUUUAAAGGGAAUGGGGUAUGCUCUCUCCUUAAGCUACCUAGACAAGACUAGACAACA